GGCCAAGCAUCUUCAUGUCUGUCUUUGAAGCAAAGUCCUCUUUUUUCUUCUUCUUUUCUUUUGUUAAACGUUGCCCAAAUACGUGUAUAAUACAAAGGACGAGCCAAAAGCCUUCAACUAAAACGAUUGCUAAUGACUUUUAUAAGUAUUAACCCAUUGGGUAUGCGCGCUACUGUUUGUUCUUUGCUCUUAAUGAUUGAUGUUCAUAAUACGGCCGAAGUAGUAAUCUCUCCGCUAUGAUGGUUGUGUGGUCUUUUUCAGAUUUGAGAUGUCUGUCGCUUUCCCAGAAUUUUUUUUAAUUAAGGACCUUUGGGCUUAUUAUGUCCACUACAGGUUUGAAGAUCAGUUUUUUUUGUUUCGUUUUUAUUUUUGAAAUGGAGUAGAUGCCUGCUAUCAGCUGACUGUUACGCAGUUCUGCAUUUAAUGCUUUUUUUGUCCUUAAUUCUUCUUUUUAAGUGUUGAUUGACGAUCUUGUAAAUUCUUCUGCCCAAUCAGGCUCUCCCAUUUACAGAAAGUGGAAUUUCUCUAGGGUCUUUCUGAAGGGGAAUUCCUGAACUAUGAUAGACCAGAGAAGUUAAGCUUUUCUUGGUUUACAGAGAACUUCAAUUGAUUAUGGUCACCGGGUAACAGAUGAGGUUGAAAGCAGUGCUUGUUGGACUCAUUAGCUUGGCUUGGAUACAACUAUCUCACUGUGAAGGGCUUUCAAAUGCAUCUGACACAAAUAAGUGGACCUGCACAUGUUUCACGAACUUGGGUAUUGCUAAUGCGGCUAACUGUUCAUCGUCAUGCGAAUGCGGUCCGGAUGGGUCGAGCCAAAGCAGGUGGACUUGUAUAUGUGCUUCUGAUGGUUUACCCAUAGUGGCUGCAGAACAUAAUAAUAAUACUGGCUGCUUUACUUCUUGCAAUUGCAGUUUUGGGAAUCUGGUCAAACAACGCUAUCCAAAGAAGAGGAUUUCCAGAAAAGCAAUAUUUAUUAUUCUCUUAACUUGUUCAGCCGUGGCAAGUUUUGCAUUUUUUGCAUUGAUGAUGUGCUACAUCUAUCAAAGGAACAAAUAUUCUAUUCAACGAUCUCUUUUAUCACCGGAUAAAGAAACUAGUUUCAGUAGUGGUACUAACUUAAUAAGCCAAUACACUUCGUCAGAAGUUGAAUCUAAAGUUUACGCAGCCACACCCGUAAAUUUUGUUGCAGGGUGCAUUCCGAAGCCAUUGUCACUAUUUAAAAGCAAAAUGGGAGCAUUAAACGGAAUGAUCACAUACUUUUCAUACUUUGAUUUGGAAAUUGCAACUGAUAAGUUCUCCAAUUUGAAUUUGAUCGGAGUUGGAGGGAGUAGUCAGGUAUACCGUGGGCACCUGAAAGAUGGAAGAACCGUUGCAGUUAAGAGAAUUAAAAUCCAAGGGGGCCCAGACACAGAAUCUUCUUUCUUGAGAGAGAUCGAACUGAUAUCAAGACUUCAUCAUUGUCAUGUGGUGCCAUUGAUCGGUUACUGCUUAUUAGAAAACCGCGGAAAACAUCAUGCACAAAGGCUGCUUGUAUUUGAAUACAUGCCUAAUGGCAACCUCAGAGAUUUUCUGGAUGGGACUUCUGGAAGAUGUUUGGACUGGGGUACUCGUGUUGGAAUCGCCCUUGGAGCUGCUAGGGGCCUGGAAUAUCUCCAUGAAGCUGCUGCCCCAAAGAUUCUUCACUGUGAUGUGAAAUCCACAAAUGUUCUCCUCGAUGAGAAUUUGAGGGCCAAGAUUAGUGACUUUGGAAUGGCUAAGCAGCUGCACAAUGAUGGUAUGCCCAGUUGCUCUAGUUCCCCUACUAGAAUGCAAGGGACCUUUGGAUAUUUUGCGCCGGAAUAUGCCAUAAUUGGUAGAGCUUCUACCAAAUCUGACGUAUUUAGUUUUGGGGUUGUGCUUCUUGAGCUCAUUACUGGACGCCAGCCUAUACAAAAGUCACUGAACAAAGGGGAGGAAAGCCUCGUGAUAUGGGCAACUCCUCGUCUGCAAAAUAGUAAGCUAGUGAUAUCAGAGUUGCCUGACCCAAAUAUAAAAGGGGAUUUUGAGGAAGAGGAAAUGCAAGUGAUGGCUUACUUGGCAAAGGAGUGUCUGCUUCGAGACCCUGAUUCUCGGCCAACCAUGAGCGAGGUUGUUCAUAUUCUCUCAACCAUAGCUCCACAGAAAUCUAAGAGAAACAACUUUCUCGGACACAGCUUUAAGAGCUCAUCGAGCCAUGAAAUUGAACGGCACGGAAGGAGAUCUCUCAAUCCAACUGGAGAAGAGGAAAUCAAGCAAAUUACUUGUGAGAAUCAUGAUCACAAUGUUGAUAUUGAGAAGGAAGAAGCUGAUACUGCGGAUGAUGCAAAAUGGGAAGAGAGAGUAAUCAUUUUCUCUUCAAAGGAUGACAGAUGGUAUUCUGAAGAUGAUGCCGCGGUGGACUUGGCUGAGCCGCGGUUUGAAUCAUUUUAUGUGCCCACUGUUGUAUGAGGGUAUAUGCUUGUAGUUUUUGUUGGAAAUUUUGAUCUCCAAUGUCAAUAUCCAUCACACACCUUCCUAGACACUUCAUAUGAAUACACUAAAAGAAUCUAAUAGACAUAAUUACUAGUUUUAGCCUGUUAGGGGUGGAUGGGGUCAUGUUCACAUCCUUGAAAAUUAAGAGCAUUAACUGGAACGAUGUAUUUGAUUAUAAUGGCCCCAAUAUUACUCCUAGAGUUAGCAUAGAC